AUGUACAAAACCAACUAUGAUAUCUACAAGUGCGAAAGCAUCGACAGCAGACGUUCACCAGUGUCGCCACCACCGGAUGAGCUGCUCUCCCCGUUAGCAACGCUUUACCCGCAUGUUGUAGCCAUGCAGCCGCAGUACAACCACAAUAGCUGCACCUUCACCGGUUACCGCCACACAGAGUACUGGGCUGCAGCCUACCCUACACAGCCCUUAGAUGAGACCGCAUCGUUAAGACGACGAGGCAGUGAACAACCAUGUCGCCGCCUUGUAUCUAGGCUCCGUCGCUUCCUCAACCGGGACGACUUAAAACAUCGUCGACGAUCCGAGGCCACGACCAGCACUACAACGACACUCUCUUGA